GGCAGGGCGUCUGUAAGAGCUGCGAGCUGAUUGGUUGCUAGGGACAGCUGUUCUUUUUGUCUCCUCUCUCAGGUCCAGUGUGGUGGGAGGAGUGGAGCUGCUUAGAUGGGGUCUCCAUGGCCUCCGUGUAGAGCUGUGUGCUUGGCAACCGGAGACGUAAAACAACGUUGUGUGUGUGUGGGGAAGUAGCCUCCAUUCCUGUGAUUGUUAUAUGAAAAUAUGGUGAAUAAUGGACAAAACCCAUAAGAAUUUCCAGGUAGCAACAGUGUGGUGCUGGUUGUUAUGGUCACAUACUCCACUAUGUGCUGACUGUCUGUAUUUACAGAAGAUAUAUAAGAAAGACAAACUUUAUUUUGGAAAGGUUUUUUGAUUCCAGUGGAAUCUGUGCUUAAGCUCCCUUACCCCUUUGCUUUUGCAAGCUCCUAUUUUAAAGUGGGACAACAUGCCUGUACAAGCUCCACAAUGGACCGACUUCCUGUCCUGCCCCAUCUGCACGCAGACCUUCGACGAAACCAUCCGGAAACCCAUCAGCCUGGGCUGUGGGCACACAGUUUGCAAGAUGUGCCUGAACAAGCUCCACCGCAAGGCUUGUCCGUUCGACCAGACCACCAUAAACACAGACAUUGAGUUGCUGCCGGUCAACUCUGCCUUGUUGCAGCUGGUAGGAGCUCAGGUACCUGAGCAGCAGCCAGUUACUCUGUUUAGUGGAGCUGAAGAUACCAAGCACUAUGAGGAGGCCAGAAAGUGUGUGGAAGAGCUGGCUUUGUACCUGAAGCCCCUGAGUACUGCCCGAGGUGUUGGUCUAAACAGCACCACACAAAGUGUGCUAAGCCGCCCCAUGCAGCGAAAACUGGUGACACUGGUUCAUUGCCAACUGGUGGAAGAAGAAGGACGGAUCCGAGCAAUGAGAGCAGCGCGGUCGCUAGGAGAAAGAACAGUUACUGAGCUUAUACUACAGCACCAGAACCCACAACAACUCUCCUCCAAUCUGUGGGCGGCUGUUCGUGCCCGAGGUUGCCAGUUCCUGGGACCAGCCAUGCAGGAAGAAGCCUUAAAGCUUGUCCUCCUGGCUUUGGAAGACGGAUCUGCACUCUCACGGAAGGUCCUGGUUUUGUUUGUGGUGCAAAGACUGGAACCGCGCUUUCCUCAAGCCUCGAAAACUAGCAUUGGGCAUGUUGUCCAGCUGUUGUAUAGAGCCUCUUGCUUUAAGGUCACAAAGCGUGAUGAAGAUUCCUCCUUGAUGCAGCUGAAGGAGGAGUUUCGCACUUAUGAAGCAUUGCGCCGAGAGCAUGAUUCUCAAAUUGUGCAGAUCGCAAUGGAGGCUGGCCUGCGUAUUGCCCCCGAUCAGUGGUCCUCUCUUCUUUAUGGGGAUCAGUCUCAUAAAUCCCAUAUGCAGUCCAUAAUUGACAAGUUGCAGACCCCGGCCUCAUUUGCUCAGAGUGUCCAGGAACUGACCAUUGCUCUGCAAAGGACUGGAGACCCUGCCAAUCUUAACAGAUUACGACCUCAUCUAGAACUACUGGCAAAUAUAGAUCCAAGUCCUGAUGCUCCACCUCCAACAUGGGAGCAAUUGGAAAACGGUCUUGUGGCUGUGAAGACUGUUGUACAUGGGCUGGUCGAUUACAUCCAGAACCACAGCAAGAAGGGGACUGACCAGCAGCAGGUGAGCGAGGCUCGGAGCUACCACAUGAUCCAGCCUCCGCAGCACAGCAAGUACAAGACUUACAUGUGCAGGGACAUGAAGCAGCGGGGAGGAUGCCCCCGUGGGGCCAGCUGCACAUUCGCUCACUCUCAAGAAGAGUUGGAAAAGUUUAGAAAAAUGAACAAACGUUUGGUUCCUAGGCGGCCACUGAGUGCCUCACUUGGUCAACUGAAUGAAGUAGGGUUACCCCCUGGGGCAAUGCACCCAGAUGACGGGCCCAUGGAUUUACCAAACCGGAAACCAGGAGCCCUUCCCAAUGGCAUUGUGUCGGGAAGCUCCGUGACCCAGCUUAUUCCCCGGAGUACAGACUCUGGCUAUGAGUCUGUUAUGAAGCCAGUGAAGUUGGAUCAUCUAAGUAACAGUGCCCCAGGCUCUCCCCCAGAAAUGCUUGACUCCGUCCCCAAGACCUCCAUUCCUGCCUUGCCAGUCAGUUCUCACCCUCCUCCUCAGCGUGAUCUCCCACCUCUGUCUGUGUCUAAGCAGAUACAGAUGGUACCACGGGGCUCUCAGAUAUAUGCUCCCCCUCAGACUGAUAUCUUUUACCCUGACCCUAGAGGUGGGGGACCUUCAUUUGAACCUGUACCUUACCCACCAAAUGUUUAUUACCAACAGCCUGUUUCUCGCUUUGUCAGACCUCAGCCAUCAGCCCCUGAAUCUUCCCCCACCUACCUCGAUCACUAUUCCUAUUUACAAGACAGGAUGGUUGGCCAACAAUACACAACACCCACUCAACAGUACUCUACCAUGAGCCAGCCUAUGUAUCCCCAACACUACGAUGGCCGCCGUGUAUACCCUUCUGCUCCACAGUCUUACCAGAGAGAAGAGCUCAUUGACAUGGCACCUGCUGCCGGGUCACCCUAUGUGCCGGAAACUCGAGAGAGGUACCAACAAGUGGAAGGUUAUUAUGCCGUGACACCUCACCCAGGGCAGAUAAGACCACCAUAUAGCAGGGAUUCCUACAGCCGUCUGCCACCUCAACAUCCAUCACAGCCCCAUCCCAGCCUGGAUGAUCUUCAUCGCCGUCGCAAAGAGAUCAUGGCCCAACUAGAGGAGAGAAAAGUGAUCUCGCCGCCUCCAUUUGCUCCUUCACCAACUCUGACUCAAACCUUCCAUCCAGACGAGUAUCUUGAUGAGGAACUGAAAGGAUCUGUGAAGUACAAAGGGAAUGACUACAGCCAGUACUCUCCUUGGUCCUGUGACACUAUCGGUUCCUACAUUGGAACCAAAGACGCCAAACCCAAAGAUGUUUCCGCUGGUGGCUGUGUGGAAGUAGCAAAUGUUGACAGCAAAUCCCUAAGGGAUCAGCGCCUUGAACUUCAGCGGAGAGCCCCAGAGGCAGGAGAGGAUGACCUUAUUCCGUUUGGUGACAGACCCACAGUAUCCCGUUUUGGUGCCAUCUCCCGCACCUCCAAAAACUUGUACCAGCCAUCCGGUCUAAUGCAGCCGGCACUGGGAAGCCAAGGUGCAGCUACUAAAUCAAGCAUUGCUGAUUACAGUCUCUACAGUAGUCACAGCAGCCUGGGAGCUCCUCCAUAUUCUGCUCAUCAGAACCUUCCUUCUCAGGGACAUUUGAGUGAAAGAGAUCGUAUGCCCAAGCCUUUACCUACGUCUGAGAGAGAACAGCUUAGGAUGGAGCUACACCAGCUAAACCAGCAAAUCAGUCAGCAGACACAGGUUGCAAGUAACCGUCUGCUAGUGCAGAGAGAGUCCUCUACUCUGGCAAGUCAACAGCAGCCCCCUCCACCACCACCUACCAAAUGGUCCACCAUGUUGUCUAAUGAACAGCUGAGCCUGGAACUGCAUCAGGUGGAGAGAGAGAUUGGGAAAAGAACUCGAGAACUUAGUAUGGAGAGCCAUCCCAUGGGUGUUAAAAGCAAAUCUGAUGUUAUCAAAGUUGAAAAUGGACAGCUGGAGCCACAGGCCAAGGUUCUGACACAUGAGCUCCCUUUGACUUUCAGCAACGAGGUGCCAAAUGGAUCUAGCUUGGCCCAGGACAUCUCUAUGCUAUCUGGCAAGACUGCUUCUUUAACCCUUUCAGAGGAUGCUCAAACUGGUGGGGAUAAAAAUGAGUCCCUGAGAACUGGAGUCAAUUCCACAGCAGCUCCAUGAACCCCACGAAGGGCUGUUUUACCCACACACUUAAACCUUAUAAGUUUUAUCUUAAGGCAUUUUUAUUUAGUGGGUGGUAAAAAAAAAAUAUGAAACAGCAUUUAUAUUGUUUUGUUCAAAAAAAAAAUUUUUUUUUUUUUUGUGUUUGGAGGGAGAGUUUAGAGCAUUUUGGGGUUAUCAGAAGAAGUUAUUAUUAUUUAAGAAUUGCCUACAUAUCCCCGUUUUUGGGGGUCAGUUUUGGGAUGCACCUGUGACCCUGCUCUCUUGUUCCCUGUCCUCCAAAGCAUGACAGACUACAUAUAAAAUGUGCAUUGAAAACACCACUAGUAAGAUCAACCUCUGCACAUAUUUUCACGUUAACACAUUUUUUAAUAAAAAAAAAAUAUACAGAAUACAAAAUAUAUAUAAAAAAAAACAAAAAAAAAAGACACAGAUGAAAAUUAGCAGUAUCUGCAAGCAAUUCAAGAUUAGUUGUUUUUGUUCUGUGAAUGAACUUAAUUUUAAUACCUUUCAAUGCCUUGGAUGCAAGGCUUUAAAGACAAAAAAAGGAAGAUAUUAUAUAUAUAUACUCUGUUUGAUUAAUUGUACGAUCUUAUUGCUGUAGAUUUACAUUUAUUUUUUCUUGUUUUAUUAGGAUGGUAUUACAUUACCAGGACAUCUGUAAAGCCGUUGGUCCCUCAAUGGCGAGGCUGGUUUACCCUGUUUAACUUUAUAUAGUUUAUGCCCUACAAUAGUAAAAGACACACAUUUUGCCCCAAGAGGGUAAAAGAUGGAAAUGGAAUCUGUGUACUUUCAGGCAGAUAUCCAGGAAAUGCCUUUCCUUGGCCUGGGCAGUUCACUGACUUUUUCCCUUUUGGAAUACUAACCUUACUUGUCAAGGUUUUGUAGGGGGGAAAAAUAGAUCUGUCUUUGCAUCUUUUUUUUAAUUUUAUUGCUCCAAUGUAAGGAAAAUAAAAUUUUAUGCAAAAUUGAUUUAUAAAGUCUAUUCUUUUAUGCCUACAGCUCCUUUGCAGACCUAUAACUUUAUGGUAACCAACUACAAAAAAAAACCCUGUAUUACAAGGGGUACUCCGCUGCCCCAGCGUUCAGAACAUUUAUUUCCGAAUGCAUGGAGCGGGAGUCGUGACAUUACGGCCACACCCCCUCAAUGCGAGACUAUGGGAGGGGGUGUGGCGGCAGCCACGCCUCCUCCCAUAGACUCGCAUUGAGGAGGUGUGGCGUGACAUCACAAGGGGUGCUGCCGUGACGUCACAACCCCCGCCGGCCGCUCCAUGCGUUCUAAAGGAACGCCGGGUGCUGCCCAGAGAUCGAUCAGACAUCUUAUCCCCUAUCUUCUGGAUAGUUGAUAAGAUGUCUAGGGGCGGAGUACCCCUUUAAGUCUGAUUCUGCAGUCAUACUCUCUUGUUACCUAACUUGGGGCAGAUCGAUAGCAAUAGGACUGCAGGAUCAGACUACGCAGAUUUCUUAGUAGUCUGUUACUAUGGAGACACAUAGACCUGUAGAAGACUUGUGGACAUGUAAUGUUAGGAUAUUUUUAAUCCACACUGUUUGUGAAUAGUGUUCAUUUUAGAAGCAUUGGCGCAAUAAAAAAAAAAAUAGUUGCUGAACUGGAACUUGUUUCCACUGCCCCAAUACAAAACCCUGCUCAUUGUUGCCUUCUGAGCAGAACCGUGCUGUGUCAAAAGGGCAGCAAGUAUAAUUGUGAAAACUCCCAGAGGGAUAAUGUUGUGACUUGUUAAACUUACUAAAUUAUUCUUUUUUUUUAUUUUUAUUUUUUUGCCCACAAAUAAGGGGAAAAAAGUGUAUAUAUAUAUUUUUAAUCUUAUUUGGCGGGCAAACAAUGGUUCCUUUUUUUUCAAGGAAGUAAGACAGAUGGGCAGACAACUGGCUUUGUAAUACCUUCCCACAUCGUUUUGGUGGGGUAAAAGCGAGAAUUAAUUUACUUUUUUGUUCUUUGUAUUUUCUUAGUGUUUUUCCUCCUUUCUUUUUUCCCUGUCCCCUUCUCUGGUAUCUCCUAAAUCUUUAACUCCUGCUGGGUCAUUGUCCGCCUCAGCGUAACGUUCCAUGAAUCCUAUUUAGAAAGAAUUGUGAAAAGAGAAUCGUACAAUAUGUGUACUAUUUUUUUUUAUUUUAUUUUUUAUAAAUGGGAGAUGGGUUUUAGGUCCCUCGCCUGCCUACCAGUUGAGGUUUCCAUACUGAAGGUGCUUGGAAAGAGCGCCUGUUUGAUUUUCCUUAAUGCCAGGAGGAGGCACCGCGUUUAAUAUACUGUUUCACAUUGAAUUAAAUUGAACAUUUCGGACCUGCUGGUCACACAUUUGAUAUUUACAUGUAUUGGCUUGGAGUUCAAGCUAACUUUUUUUUUUGUUUUUUAUUUAAAUAAAAUACCAUAGUGUUAUGUGUGUUUGUAUAGGUCUACCAGUAUAUGCAAGCACACAUAAUCUGUUUUAAGGGUUUCUUUUUUCUUUUUUGGAUGAGUGCAACUUCUAGGUGCAAGGAGAUCUGCUUAACAAUGACAUGGAGCUUGGCUGGUUGCUGUUUACUCUUUAUAUUCACUGCCCUCAAGCAUAGAAAUAGGUUAAAAAUGAAAUCUAAAACCCACAUUGACUUGGUGCUAUGUUAAUUUUCUCUUACCAAGAAGUGCUUCGUUGCCAUUCUGCAAGGAGAGCAUUAAUGCAAACUUUCUGGCUUGAGGCUAUGAGGUUGCCUUAGUAGAUAGGAAUGCAAGAAAAUACUUCCCAAAGUCCUCUUAUUCCCUACUUGGUUAAUCCCUCUUAAGAGCUGGUACGAACCGACCCCUAAGGUUACGUUUAGCAGUUUUGUGCCUUUUGGGGAUCAUCACACCUUUUCAUGUACAAAUUGACACCUUCUAUACAGCAUGUUUUACAUAUGUAUUAUUCACGUAUAGGUUUAAGGAAUUGGCAGAUUGCAUUUAAAGCAAUUUUUUAACAUGCAGAUUCCUAAUACAUACAAUUAGCUGAAGAGGAAGCUAUUUGCCGAAUAGGAGUGCAGCUACAGGUAAUGCCAUUUCCCCACACCUGCUCUCCCCCUGUGUGUUGUCAAUUGAAUUCAGACAGUGUAUUCUGUCAGGGGAGGACCCAAUAGUCUCCGAUCUCUGCUUAGUACGCUUUUACUCCCGUUUUUAUUGCUCUAGUACAUCUAUAAAAAAAAAAGCAAAGCAACUUUGCAAAUAGUCAUAGGAAUAUUUUACCAUUUUGCGUUUACAGCUUCUAUACACACCACCUGUGCAUCCCUAUAUUUUGACUGCAAACCACUUCUGUUCUGUGGUUUGAUCCAGCCGUUUAAGGGUCUAUUCACACAACAGAAUUUCCGCUUGCGGAAUUCCGCCU